CGCCGGCGGGCACUACAACCCUUCGGAAGCAACCACUCCGCGCCCGACGCCACCCAACGCCACGUCGGGGACCUCGGCAACAUCCUCGCCGGGGAAGACAGCGUCGCCCACGUUGAUAUUCUGGACGACACGGUGACUCUGUUCGGGUGGUACUCCGUGCUGGGUCGUGCCGUGGUCGUGCACGCCGGCGAGGACGACCUGGGCCUCGGCGGGAACGACGGGUCCCUCUCCACGGGCAACGCGGGGGGUCGUGUGGCCUGCUGCACCAUCUUCGCCGUCCCCGAGUAGAGGGGAAGGAGGGGAAAAGAGGGGAAGGGGGGAGGGAAGGAGGGG